AUGGCUGGGCGUGCUAUCACCCAAGAUGCGUUGGAAUAUGAACCCAGUUUACCGCCGGCCUAUCGAGACGAAGACAUCCCGGUCCCGCCACCAGAAUAUAGAGCAGCAUCAUCGUUAUACUAUCGCCACUUCCCUUCAAUCAUGACAAUAAAAGCCGGAUGGUCAAAAUCUUUUACAAUUUGUAACACACACUCAAAUGAGGACCUCUAUUUUGCAGAAUUCCACCCUUUUAACUGGUUCUGUACAAAACCCCUCGGCCCAAGAGCAGGCUUUAUUUUGCACAACGGAACCAGCCGCGAAGACGCCGCUCUUGCUGCUGUUGGCGAUAUUACCCUUUUUGAGCAACGGAUCAAUGCCUUUAGCAACAAGAGUCACAUUUUGCUCCCGCCGCUACCGCAGAACGACAAGAGACAGGCUUCGCGUGAUGUGACGGAGACGGAGACAAUGACUGCAAGGUCAGUGGCAAAUAAUGGCGUCAUAUAUCAAUUCUGUAUUGAAGUUGGGAGGGCCAUGAAGAGGGAAAGGUUUGAAUGGAGGAGGAGCGAUGAGGAGGGCGUUGCGUGGAAGCUUGUGAGAUGCCCCAGCUCCUCUCGAAAGGUCCCUCCCGAAGGAGAGAUUAUUGCCACAUUGUCAUGGGUGCCCGUUUUGCUGGCGACCGUCCUUAAUCCGUUGAGUUCCAAGGCAGUUUUUACAUUGCAGUUUAUGAAUAGUCUCGAAUCUGGUGCUUUAGGAGAGCGCUGUGCUCUUACAGUGGUCAUGAGCGCGUUGAGGCUAUGGCAGCAACGUACAAAGGGGAAAGACAAGAGAUCGUACGUUAGGAUUGGCGAGAGGAUGGGUGAGGAUUAG